AUGGGACGUAAAAAUGCCAAAACCCCUCAACACAGUCGUACCCUGAAAAGAUUUCAUCGUCAAACGAUGAAAAUAUAUUUAAGGGAUUUCGAAAAUAGUGUCGACGUAGAAAAACAUCGCAAAUCGUUUGAGAAAGAAGAGCAAAGGAUCAUUUCACGAAAUGAAUUGGGAAGUUACGUAUUUAACUUAUGUAACAAACUUGAU